AUGAGCAGGACCUCAAUACCUUUAGUUGCAGUUGACCGUGCCAGUACUGAUGAGCGUAUGCAAAACCCGGGUCCGCAAGGCACAAGUGAUCAAGUGACACCGGAUGAGUACGGUCGCGCCAUUCACAAUUUCGCCAGACUAUCAGACGGAGAUGGUCGAGCAUUUCAGCCGCUUGCCGAAUAUCUGUCUGGAUCCACUUGCGCAUCUGCUACAGUACCGACGGAAGCGUUUGUUACUCUGUACACGUUUGACCAGAACGCCAGCAGGACGGAGCGAGGAUCUUUGGACGGGAGCUCUCAGCCUUUGCACGCUUCCAGAAGUCUUCCAGACCAUGAAGUGACAGCCUUUACCAGUCCAGAGAACUUCUAUUCACAUCCUGUAUCAGAUCAGGCCAGCCAAAUCGUGUUUCUCGGUGGCUUCCCAUCACCUCUGUGGCUCAAGUCAAUCGGAGCAAAGUACAAGCUAGAUCCAGAAUUCUUUCGUCGACAUUUGGACUUCCUCGAUCCACAUCAGGUCUCGAGCGCCUUCUCAGAGCCCAGCUUGCCGUCCGAGACAUGGCACUUGCUACAAUUGCCAGUGUAUACUUUGGGUCUGAAGCAUAUCGCUGGACGCCGCGAGAGACCUGACGACCACGCUACAAGACGUUCGAAGGCUCAGCAUGCGUUGAUCGCGCAUCAUAGGCAGCUGCGCAUUCCGAGUGGGACCGAUGAUAGACUGGGCAAAUCUAUCGUAAGAAACUACCAUGUCUUAGACGACUCCCACUUCGCCAUCGAACAAAGGAUAUCCAUCUGCUUGCAAGAGUCUCGCUCAAGCUAUGUCCUUUUCGUCUGGCUUGAUAGCACUUUGAAGUGGGACAGUCCCAUGGAAGAACCAUGGUGUCCGCGACGUCCGCUAGGCAGCCAGGCGGCUGUCGAACUGCUUCCCAUCGUGCGAUACAGGCACAAUCUGGCCCUCAAAAGCCACCGUAUCAAAGCGAAAUCGAGAGAUCCUGUGCCGUUCGGAGCCCCGCAGUCCGCAGCACUUAUACAUCACGACUAUGUUCGAGCUUCGAGCCCAAACGUUGUGCGUCAGGAUGCAAGCUACGCGAUAACUGAGUUGCUCCGGCUUUCUGCAGCCUCUCAGAGUCAGUUCUUGAAUUUGCUCAACUCUGAUGUUGUCCUAGAAAGGCCAAGCAGUAUCUCGACAGACGAAGUGCCUUCAGUGAUAUACAGAUCGCAAAUACUGUCGUCCAUGUCCCAGCAGACUCAUGAGGUCCGGCAGUGCAUGAGGAAUAUAGGCGAGUCACACUGGACUAAAGCUCCAGAGGGUUCAUCUCAUAAGAAAGCAACACAGUCGUGGGGCGCGCUCGAAGCUGAUCACGAGUGCCUUCGUGAACGGACACGAAUGGUAUCUGACCGUUACAAAGAAGCAGUUGUGAUUCUCAUGAACACGAUGGCGAUCGCAGAAUCACGCGAGGGCAUAGUGCAGGCCAAGAAGGUCAGUAGGCUAACUUCUCUGGCGUUCAUCUUCGUACCGCUGUCAUUUACGACUUCCUUCUUCGGCAUGAACGUGCAGCAGCUGAGCCAACAGAAAACCUCGAUUUGGAUUUGGUUUGUGGUUUCCAUUAUCCUGUCUGGCAUCGCGAUGGCAUUCCUCUUUUCUGAGAGAUGUGUUGGGGCCAUGAAGGAGGUGCGGGCACGCUUGCGCCCGGGCAAGGCGAAGUCACCAGGUGAAGAGGCGCCUGAUUGA